AUGUCGACGGGGAAACGACUCGCGAAGCGCUCCAUCAUAGGGACGCGUGUCGCGGCGCUUGGAGAAGACGGAUUAUACCAUUCUGGUAUGAUUCAGGCAGUGAAGACGCCGGCGCCAUUCCCGGAGAAUAACAACUGUAUAAAUUUAACGCCGAAUACACGAUAUACAGUACGGUUCGAUGGCGGUAAAGUGAGCCGUGAAUAUCGUGACGCAGAGCUGAUCGGGCCCGGUUUCCGCGGAAUGACUGGCGUGCGUCUUCAGCCCGGCCAGCGCGUCUUUCUCACCCACAAUGGCCGAGAAGUGCGUGCUGACGUGCUCUGUCAUGAUCACGAAACUGAUGAGCUCCAUGUCCAGGUGCACACACCUGCCGCUGAAGAAGCGAUAGUACUGAAGUUUUCAUCGUAA